UCUUCCCUUUAGUGCGUUUUCAAACUUUUUCCUGUAUUAUUUAUGUUUUAAUGUAUUUGAAAACAAUCGUGGAAAUGAUUUUUACAUAUUAAUAAUAAAAUAUAUAUUAAAACUGAGUGAAUAUUUGCCAAAAAUACAAUGCAAUUGCUUAAAUAAACAUAAUGAAGCAUCAGUGCUGCUUCCCGUUGUCGAGAGGACGAAAAAAUCCAUGUGUACAAUAAGAGGCGUGAGGCAGCUAAGAAAAUGCGCAACUUAUAAGUGAAAUGUUUUCUGCCCAAAAAUAGAAAAAAUAAGAAUUUCAAUGAAUAUGCAAGAACUGCAGUAAACAAAAAAGUUACAUUAAACUGCCUUUGUGUUUAUAGGGAAUACAUCUGACUUAACUAUAUAAUACUUACGGCAGCAACGGUAGGGCUUAAAACUGAACAACAGCAAAAUUGAUAAAUAAAAAUAACUAUUGUGCUACCUGACGUCAAAUAUAUAGCAAAAAAUUAAUUCAGAAAAUAAAUGGGUGGCAAUAGUACAACAAACACAUUUACCGCUGGUGGUUACAUUGGUCCCGCUAGCGGAAGUAGCGCUGCAGGUAGCAGUGGUGGUGCAGUAGGCGGAGAUCUCAUACCAAACAUGAGUGCGGCUAGUGGCACUUCAUAUGCUUACGGCACUAGCUGGGAAGAAUUUUGCGAACGGCAUUCGCGUGUGGCUGCUGCAGAUUUUGCCAAAGCUUGCAUCAGUUAUAUUAAUGGGAAUUUGCCACCUGAGGAGGCUCGGAAUAUUUCAUAUCGUAGUUUUGGACAAAAAUUCGUUGAGGCGUUUGUGGAUCAUUUCGACACCGAAUUCUGCCUGAGACGCAACAAUCUUAAGACUGGAAAUUGUAACUCACUGGAAGAAAGUGGUAAUGCAGCUGAUGAUUCGUCUAAAAUAUUUCACAAAGCAUUUUUUCGACGACUUUCGUUCAAGGGGCUUCGCAAGGGCAAGAAUUUCCUGUUCUUACAGACGCUGUUUCAUAAAAAUUCCGAAGAUUUAGAUGGCAGCAAGCAUAGUAAGACGAAGAUCUCGAAAAUUAUUGUGGAAUGUCGUAAGGAGGGUUAUGUGAAUAAGUUAAUACCUGAAAGUCUGGAUCAGCCGACACAAGAGUGGGAAAAGUGUCGUUUGGCUUUAGUGAAAGCCGUAGGUGGCUACAUGUUGGAAUUCUAUACACCGCCAAAAGCUACAAAGCCACGAAGCGGCGUAUUUUGUUUUUUAAUAUCGGAAGCACGAGAAACUAGAGCACUUGAGUUGAACGAGCGUGCAAACACCUUUGUACUAAAGGCCGAUAAUAAUAUGGAAUACGUUAUCGAGGCUGAGAGUCCUGAAGAAAUGCGCAGCUGGUUGGCUACUAUACGUUAUUGCAUGCGCACGCCUCCGACACAGCAAUUGCCCUUAGAAUCGGCAGAUGCAUUAGUUACUGGCGGUGGUGGUGUUGGCGGCAUAAUGGGUGGAAUUUCUGCAACCACAUCAAUGGCUAUGAGUCCAAGUGGCAAUUUGACUUCGUCAGAUGGCCUUGCACCUCGUGGUGGUGAUAUAAUCAAUGCCGUGCCUAACCCGCAAUAUCAUCAAACAAGCGGUCUUGGCUCAAACGGCAACGUCGGUCCGAGCAGUUCACUAUCAGACAAUGCACUUGCCUCUGCGAAUACGGCCGCAGGCACCGAUUCAAAUGUUUUAGAAGGUAUACCCGAUAUACCGCCGCGGCGGGGCGAACAACGUCUUUCUGCAUCGAGUAAUUUUGAAGCGGAAAUUGAGGCUGAAUCGGCUAUAAAUAUUGCAGACUUAACGGCCGAAAUGCAACAGUAUCCAUGGUUUCAUGGUACAUUACCGCGUUCGGAAGCGGCGCGCAUGGUAUUGCAUUCUGAAGUGGCGGGUCAUGGCAUAUUUUUGGUGCGCCAAAGUGAAACGCGUAUGGGCGAAUUUGUGCUGACAUUUAAUUUUCAAGGACGCGCCAAACAUUUACGCAUGACUUUGUCGGAGAAGGGCCAAUGUCGUGUGCAACAUUUAUGGUUCCCAUCCAUACAGGAGAUGCUUGAACACUUCCAGCAUAAUCCAAUACCAUUGGAAUCGGGUGGCACCUCUGAUGUGACUCUAGACAAGUGGGUGCACAAUCAUGGCAUACCAUGUACCGGAACAAAUAACGCUAUCAGCGCAGAAACAAACGGUGGGCAUCAUCCUCAUCAUCAACAACAACAACAGCAACAACAUCCAUCGCCGAGACAUCCGCAGCAAGUAAUCACAAUGAACUUGAGUGUACGUCUAAAAACGUGCGAAAUUGAGUUACCGUUCCUACAACAACUAUCACAUCAUCAGCCACAGACACAUCAACAUCAUUAUCAACAGCAGCAGCUGCAACAACCACAACCACAACAAAGCACCCAACAACUGCGUGCGUCAACAAUUUCACUACAAUCACAGAACCUACACUACAGCGGUACCGGCGUUGCAAGCCUUAGCGACCUCAACGCUAAUGAAAUGGGCGCACGCGCCGUUGACAACCAAUACAGUUUUGUGUAACUCAAUUGCGCUACGAAUAAGGUUUUACUGGGCCAAGCCGAGAACUACUGAAAACUAGAUUUACAUAUAAGUACAUACAUAUGUAUAUACGCAUACAUAAGUGGCUGUAAGCUUAAAGCAGCUAAUACAUAAUUGUUCAUAAAUAUACAUAUACAUAGGUACACACAUAAGCAUACUUACAUACAUAUAUGUUUGUCAUUGCUUUUCGCACAAGUGUUUCUUGAUUUGGCAUUUUGUGUCAUGCUUUUCUUUUCAAUAAUAAUGAUAUUUUAUUUGUAAUGUUACGAUGUGUUCAAUAUCUUAGUGAAAAAUGCAUGUAUAAUAAUUUACUAUUUGUACAAACAUACAAAUAUAUGUGAACACAUUUUUUCUUUAUUAUGCAUGUAAGCCUUAAAGUAUAGAAAUGUUUUUCUGUACUUUAAGACAGAAAAGUAAAUUAUAUUGUAAGCUAUUGAGUUAAAAUAAGUAUGACUGUGCGAUUAAUAGAUUAAAAAACAAAUUACUUUGAAAAGUUUACACAAUAUUAAAACAAAUGUUUGUAGUUUUUUAUAAUUUCCUUUCAGAUAUCGAUUAAGAUUAUAUUAAGAUGCUGAUUAUGCGAAGUAACGUUACUUUUAUUUGUUCAUUGAAAUUAUGUUAAAACAAGUAAUAAACUGGCUUAAAGCGGCAUUACCUAAAUUGCGCAAAAAAACUAAAAAGAUAUAUAAUAUAACUGUAAUUAUACGAAAACCCAAAAUUAUUGGUAUGUCCAAUAAACAAACUUCCAACAUUAUUUUUGUGAAAUUUGAGUUUUAUUAAAAGUCCGUUACUUUUGAUAAUUUGAAUUUAAUAGUGUUAUAAGGAACUAACGAAAAAUUUGGAACAAAUGCUUCUGAAAAAAAGUUGUAUAUGAAAUGAAGCCGCUAAACCAGUACAUAAAACCGUCAGUUUAUAUCUUUUACAGUGAACACAUAAAAUUAGGGUUUUUUUUCUAUAAUUUUCUUUGUUUUAAUAAAGAUUUUCAACAGAAGACAGAAAUUAAUGGUGAAUUUAGGUACGCCUCUCCGGUGCGAACAUCAAACGAUUUUCCUUAUGCAUUUCAUUAAUUGUAUAUGAUGGGCUUGGAGAAAAUUUUACAAAAAUUUCUAAUCACUUUCUAAUUAAAUUCGCCAUAAAUCAAAACUUUGUACUUAAACCAUGUUUUAUAUUGAUUAUAAGCUCACACAUCCUUUAUUAGGUUUUUGGUUGAACUUCACAUGCAAUUUGUGACGUAUGUACAUCUUGAUGUUGUUUCACAAACAGCUGCCUCCGAACUGCGGAAAAUCUUUAUAAGAUCCUUUUUUUUUGGACAAGAGUUGCAAUUGUCAGCCGAAUUGGCGACUGCUGGUAGAAAAACAUUUGUUUCACCAUUUGAAAUUUAUGUCCACAGUAUGCCAUCGAACCAAUGCUAACUGAACCUAAUCAUUUUUGAAACAUGAAAAACAACAGUUAUAGAAAAAAUCACGUGUGUAUGCAACGAACUAUUAAACAGAGAAAAAAUUAGCUAGUGGAAAUAAUUUCUGAUGGUAUUUAAAAACUAUUGAAGGUACUUGAAGCCAGUUUGAAUUUAGGUUAAGAAAAACUGAUUCAGGACAUGACAC